CUCCUCCUACUUUAUGCAGAAAUUGAGGAAAUGUCUUCAGAAGGGACCAUGAGUGUAGUGGGGAGUGAAGUGAUGCCCCUGGAUUACGGGAGCAUGGAUUCGGAGAGCAGUCCAUCUCUAACUAGUUCGGAGAGGACAGUGGAGGAGAGGAGGGAGCAAAGGGUGGUAGAGGAGGAGGAAGAUGAGAUCCCCUCAAACAUUUUGGAGGCUAGGAGUGGUGUAGAUGGGUGUUAUGACCCAGAUUUAGAGAUAGUAUCUGAGGUGAGGGGGUAUGUGAGCGAGUUAGGUAGCAGGGAUAGUCUUAGGGGUCUCAUGGGUAACUGCAACCUCCCUCACCAUGUCUUAAUUAGGCCUGCAGGGGUGAAUGAGAGGGCAUGCUCAGCACCCCGAGACCAUUGGAUGCCCUUAUACGUCCACUAUUUGAUUGCAGGGCUUAGGUUUCCCAUUCCAGAAUUACUGGCUGGGGGUAAGGGAGAGAAGGGGUGGUAUUACUUCGGUUCUCGGUCAUCCAGCAAAGAGAAUAGGAGUUUAUUCUCUAUUGGACCGUCAUCCAUCAAAGGAUGGAAAGAAAAAUUCUUCUUUGUGGAUGACACCGAGUGGAGUAUUAAGGAUGCCGAAGUGGAACAGUUGUCUGCUUGGAAAGCUAAGAAAAUCAAGCAGAACAACUAUAAGUUAAAUGAGGAUAAGGUGGAGGAGGUAGAAAAGCUGGUGAGGGAGGAAGGAGACGUAGUGGAUAUCCUAUACCUCACCAGUCCGAAGGCAAUAGAGGCUGCUGAGCUCUAUGGGCCGAGCUCAUUGAGCGAAGGUUUGUGUAUGUUUAUAUUGUGCCAUUUUGGUUAGAGUUUAGUUGGUGUGUUUUGACAUGUAUGUUUGUUUUGCAGUUGAGAUGGACGAGUUUAUAAAUGCUGCUGGGGGGC